AUGUCCGAACCGGGUCCUGAGUCCAUUCCGACCAGCGCAGAUCCGCGCAGCAAGCGACCUGUCAAACGUCGUGCCGUCACGGCGCAAUCCGAACAAGCAACGCAGAUCGAAUCUCUCUUCCGGGACCCCAACAAGGAGAUCAAACUCCCAGGUCCAUCCAAGCAACGGACAUCCGCAUCGUUACCCCCUCCGCCGGAGAUUGUCGCGAAUGUCCAAGGAUCGUCUGCUGGUGCGGGCUCCGGCGAGUUCCACGUCUACAAGGCGAGUCGCAGGAGGGAAUAUGAGCGUCUACGUUUGAUGCAGAGUGAGAUUGAUAAGGAGAAAGAGAACGAAGAAUGGAAUCGAGAGAGGGAAGAAACUAAGCGGAAGGAUGAGGAGAAGACGGAGAAAAACCGAAAGAGACGGGAGAAGAGGAACGCAGCGAAGAACAGAAAGAAGGAUACGACCAACAAGGUUGCUGAUUCGAUGGUGACGGAUGGUCCGACGAACACUGCUGGUGGGCAUCAGGACGGCCACCAUGCGUCUACGGGCGAACCUGACCAGUCCGGGGAGACCGCUGGCUUGAUCAUUCACGAUGAUUGA